UGUUGUUGUUGUUUUGGCCCGGGCGGCAGCGGCGACGACGGUUGCUUGGGCUGACCGUCUCCCUCGCUUGGCUUCCCGGCUCUCGAGUCUCUCUGCCUCUCCUCGAAGGCUCCUCGGGAGAGUCACCGUGGCCCGGCCUCGGUCAUGGCGGACUUCGACGAGAUUUACGAGGAAGAGGAAGACGAGGAGCGGGCCUUGGAGGAGCAGCUGCUGAAGCACUCGCCGGACCCGGUGGUGGUGCGCGGCUCGGGCCAUGUGACCGUGUUUGGCCUGAGCAACAAAUUUGAAGCAGAGUUCCCUUCCUCAUUGACAGGAAAAGUUGCACCUGAAGAGUUCAAAGCCAGCAUCAGCCGAGUGAAUAGCUGUCUUAAGAAGAAUCUUCCAGUUAAUGUCCGGUGGUUACUCUGCGGCUGCCUUUGCUGCUGUUGUACCUUAGGCUGUAGUAUGUGGCCUGUGAUUUGCCUCAGUAAAAGAACACGAAGAUCGAUUGAGAAGUUAUUAGAAUGGGAAAACAAUAGAUUAUACCACAAGCUGUGCUUGCAUUGGAGGCUAAGCAAAAGGAAAUGUGAAUCGAAUAACAUGAUGGAAUAUGUCAUUCUUAUAGAAUUUUUACCAAAGACACCAAUUUUCCAACCAGAUUAGCAUUUGCUUUACCUAGAGACUUCCUGAGUAUGUUUCAUUUCCAAUGGUGCCUUGCUUGGUGCUCUCCUCGUAAUGAUACAGAGUUGGUUCUACAGGAUCUUGUGGUGGUCUUCGUUCUUUUUCUUUCCGGAUUUUUUUUUUUUUGAA